AUGUACGACUGGUUCGGAUUCGGCGGCCGGUGGACGAUCAGGAAGGUGACGACACUGAUGGCAGUCUUUCCGCCGGUCACGCUGGCGAUGCUAGCGAUCGUCUUCCUCGCCAUGCUGGCGUUCAAGGCACGCCGGGCCAAGAUGAUCAAGCUGAUCGACCAGAUUCCCGGUCCCGUCUGCCUGCCGCUCGUCGGCAACGGUUUGCAGAUCAACGUCGGCUGCAAGGAUGAACUGUUCGAUCGCAUCAUAGCGUCAAGGAAAAUGUUUGGCCGCCGUCACGGCAUCAGCCGUGUCUGGAACGGACCAAUUCCGUACGUGCUCAUCUCGAAGGCGUCCGCCGUGGAGCCGAUUCUGAGCAACCCGAAGCUGGUGGAGAAGAGCAACGACUACGAGUACAUGAAGGCGUGGCUCGGUAACGGGCUGCUUACGUCGCCCGGUCACAUCUGGCAUCCGCGCCGGAAGUCGCUGACGCCGGCGUUCCACUUCAAGAUCCUGUCGGACUUCGUGACCAUCUUCCAGAACCAGGCGGACGUGCUGAUCGAGAAGCUGGGCGAGCAGGCGCAGGUCCACCCGGAGGGCUUCAACAUCGUGCCGUACGUCACCCUCUGUGCACUGGAUAUUUUCUGCGAAACGGCUAUGGGCUGCCCGGUAUAUGCCCAGCAAAACGCCAACUCCGAGUAUGUUCGGGCGCAUAAACAGAUCGGCCAAGUGAUACGUAAUCGGCUUCAGAAGAUCUGGCUACAUCCCGACUUUGUGUUCAAGCGAACGAGCGAGUUCCGUAAGCACCAGGAGUGCCUGAAGGUGCUGCACACCUUCUCCGAUCGGGUCGUGCGUGAACGUAAGGAGGAGUUGCGCCGUCGCAAGGAGCUGCAGGCAGAGAGCAACAGCAACAACAAUAACGAGGGAGAGGAGGAGGACACGGGCUACAAGAAGAAGCAGCUUGCGUUUUUGGACCUGCUGCUGGAGGGUUCGGGCCUGUCGGACCUGGCGAUUCGCGAGGAGGUGGACACGUUCAUCAUCGGCGGCCACGACACGACGGCGGCAGCCAUGGCCUGGAUCCUCUAUCUGCUCGGAGCCGAUCCAGCGAUCCAGGAGCGCGCCAUCGCGGAGAUCGAUGCGGUGAUGGGCGGCGAUCGCGAGCGCCGGCCGACAAUGGCCGAGCUCAACGAGAUGAAGUACCUGGAGUGCUGCAUCAAGGAGGGACUGCGGUUGUACCCGAGCAUCCCGGUGAUCGGGCGGCGCCUGACGGAGGACGUGCGCGUCGAGAACUACACCAUCCCGGCAGGAACUACCGCCAUGAUCGUCGUGUACGAGCUGCACCGCGACGCGACCGUCUUCUCCAACCCGGACAAGUUCAACCCGGACAACUUCCUACCGGAGAGCUGCGCCGGGCGCCAUCCGUACGCGUACAUCCCGUUCAGUGCCGGACCGCGGAACUGCAUCGGCCAGAAGUUCGCCAUCCUCGAGGAGAAGUCGGUCAUCUCGGCCGUGCUGCGGAAGUACCGCGUCGAGGCCGUCAAUCGGCGCGAGGACGUCCAGCUGCUCUGCGACCUCGUGCUCCGCCCCAAGGAUGGUCUCCGAGUGCGGCUCCACCAGCGCACCUGA